GACCUGAAGGCAGACGCUUAACCGACUCAGCCCCCCGGGCGCCCCCAGAAAACUUUUAUAAUAAAAUCAUUAAGUCUUUAAAAAACACAUUUAUCUUCUUUUCGUGAUUCUGCAUUCUGUUUUUGAUGAAAUGGCAGCAGAUGGGAAUUUCCAGACGGGCAUUUCAGCAUUAGUUCGUAGUCCUGCCGCUGGCACACGGUCCGGGAGCAGAGGCUGCUGGAACUGGGCGAUGCUGAGUGGCUCCCAGCUCCCAGCAGCCUCGUCGGCAGCGGCGCCUGAGGCCCUGCCGAUGCGGUCAGGGCUGCGGCUCCCCGGGCUGAGGCCCAUUUGCCCGGCAGGCUGAAUGCCCCGUUGUGUGUGUGGCGUGGACCUGUGUGGCGCCAUUCAUCCCUUCCAGACGGGCCCUCGGGACCCGUGGCAGCUGAGGGAGAGUUGCUGCUCAGGCGUGUAGGUUACUGGGAACUGGUCCUUUUCCCGAGUUAGUGUGGGCUCUUGAGGAAGCUGGAGAGAAGCUAAUCGGUUUUCCUUUCUUUUUAAACAGCAUCCAGCAUGUGUACGGCGCCCAGCACCCCCCCUUCGACCCACUGUUACACGGCACCUUGCUCAAGGGCGCGCCGAAGGUGCCCGCCACACCUGUGAAGGCCAAGAGCAUCAGCACCUUCCCGGAGUUUGGGAGCAACACCAGCGACGCCUGGGAUGCCGGCGAGGACGAUGACGGGCUCCUGGCCGUGGCAGCCGAGAGCCUGAACACCGACGUGGUCAUGGAGACGGCCCACCGCGUCCUGCGCAACCACAGCCAGCGGCAGGAGCGCCGCAAGCCGCAGGAGGCGCCGGGCCCCGAGCAGGAGCCACAGCCUUCCGCAGAGCCUCCUUCAGUCCCGAGCGGUGACCUCCGGCUGGUGAAGUCCGUCAGCGAGAGCCACACAUCCUGUCCUGCAGAUAGCGCCGGCGACACUGCUCCUCUGCAGCGGUCCCAGUCUCUCCCACACUCGGUGGCGGCCGCCGUGGGUGGCACGUCUGACCCCAGCGCCCUCAGCAGCUCAGCGUUAAGUGAACGAGAGGCCUCCCGGCUCGACAAGUUCAAGCAGCUCCUUGCCGGCCCGAACACAGACCUCGGAGCAGGAUCUGUGGACUCCAGGGGUGAUGUGAGAAACCUCAGAAGCCUCCCUUGUCCGUGUUUCCCUCUUCUGUCCCGGUGCUCCGUUCCUUCCUAAGGCCUUGUCACCCGGACCAGAGCAGUGAAUCUGGAACCUCUUCCAAAUGGAGACCCGGAGGCUGCAACAAGGAGGGUCUUGGCCUUGGUCCCCAGACUAGUGGUCAGUGCUCUGCCACGUUCUGCGUACCCAGGUCCUCAGCCCCCCAAGCUCCCAGUCUGUCCUCUGCUCCAAAGGACCUCGAGGGAGUACAAAGCAUUUUCCCAGGACUGGGGGCACAGGGGGUCGGGAAUGGAGAUCCAAGGCCAACAGGCUCUCCCACAAGCCUGUGGGACC